CAGAAAAACAUUUUUGCCCCCCUCUAGAAAAAAUCCUGGCGACGCCCAUGUCUGGGAUAUUGUCCUUUGAUAGUAAAUUCGAUUUCAGGUUUGAUUUAAAUACUGGAAAACUACGAAUGCCCUUAAAAGUGAGAUCUCUACGGACUCCCAACAAUGACUUUAGGGCCUUUAUGCCUAUAAUUGUCUUUUUAUAAACAGUUGUUCUUGCAAAUGAAAAGUGAAAUUCUCUACCGUUAUAAUGGUGAUGUAUAGUUUCGUUUCUGUAAACAAUGCAAGCUCCAUGCUCAAGUGAAUAAAUGUCAUUGACCUUGAGUGUUUUAUGUAUAGAAAAGAGGAUUUGAAUGUUCAAGUCUAUCAAGUAUCAACAUAAUAACUCUCAAUGCCCGCUUAUGUAGAUUAAGAAUCCUAUUCACAUUUAUGCACAAUUCCCCCAUGCUAGGAUCAUAGAGCUUUAUCUCAUAGUUCAAAUGAGGCAAAAUCAAUGUUUAUAAAGCAUAAACAGUACUUCCUGUGGGAAAAUAGCUUGACUAAUGACACCUAUAUUUCUAGAGAUAAUAGAACAAAUGUUAUUUACUUAAACUAGAUACGGGAAGAUUGUUUCAUUGAGUUACAGUGCAGGGAAAGGAAGGUAUCUGGUAAUGAGAUGGGAUUUUGUAAGCUGGUGAUUUUUCUGUUCGGGUAGGAGCAUUUUAAUUUACUUAGUUUUCUUCGAUCAACGACGGUGAUGUCACACGCCCUCAACGGAAGAUAAGAGCAGUGCAGUGAAAGGGAUUGAACAACUCGGCAUGCGCAUUAGAUUGCGGGUGGUUAAGCUCAAAUCAAGAUCUCUACGGCAUAUAUUGUACACCCUCUGAUGCCAACAGCCAAGUUCAGUUAUUUUCAGUCAUCAUCAGUCACAGUUAUUAAGCUGAUUUUCUUCUUGUUGCUGCCAUUGCAAGAUGGCACAGAUGGAGUUAGAAAUCCGGGACAAGGACAAUCCAGAGAAUCAGGACAAGGGUUGCCCAAAGAAUGUGGUGAUUCAGCAGCAAGAGAAGAAGCAGUGUAGCCAUGACUACCAGUGGACAGAGACUUUAAGCAUCUUGUUGUUUGUGAUUGGAGGCAUCAUUCUCAGCCUUGCUACCAUUUGGAAUUCUCUGACCUGGCAUCUGCAUUGGUUCUGGGGAGCCUCCGGCAACUUCUGGGAUGAGCAGUGGUUCAAGCUUCAUACGCUGUUUGGUGGCAACACGUUUAUGCUUGGUGUUGUGUGUACUCAGGUCAUUACCUUUGUGAUGUACUUGGUGGUUAAUUGUGUGUUUGUGUAUGUGGAUGUUACUGGUGGGCCAGCCUUCAUUGUCAAGUACAAAAUCCAACAAGAUCAGAAUGUCCCUGUGGACUGGGAGAGACUGAAGAAGGACUUUCGUUCGGUGUUGUUCAACAUCACUGUGGUUAACUUUGUGUUUUUGGUGUGCAUGUACCCCAUGGGAUUGUGGUGUGGUGUGAAUGCAGAUCCCAACUUACCCUCCUUCCAUAGAGUGCUGGCUGAGUUUGUUGUCUAUCUGAUCUUUGAGGAAAUAGGAUUCUACUACUUUCACAGGCUGCUACACCAUCCACGUCUGUAUAAACACUUCCACAAGCAGCAUCAUGAGUGGACGGCACCCAUUGGUAUCCUGACGCUGUAUGCUCACCCAGUAGAGCAUGUGUUAGCAAAUCUCCUACCUACCGUCAUUGGACCAUUCCUCAUGGCUUCACAUGUUGCUGUAGUCUGGGUGUGGUUAGUCAUUGCUCAGACAUCGGCAGUGAUUUCUCACUGUGGCUACCAUCUGCCAUUACUGCCCUCACCUGAGGCCCAUGAUUUUCAUCACCUGAAAUUUGUGAAUUGCUUUGGAGCACUUGGUGUGUUGGAUCGCCUACAUGGCACGGAUGCCAUCUUCCGUCAGGCUAAGCAGUACAGUCGCCAUUGUGUGCUGUUAGGAACCACUCCAUUAUCCCAAACCUACCCAGAUGGGACAAAAGGUCAAAAGGUCAUCAAAGAGGGAGAGUAAAAUCAUGUGGUCAGAUCAUGGAACACAAACUUCAAAUUCAAAUAGAUUUCAUCACAUUUAUGUGUGUGCUCAACUGUACAUUUGUAAAUGUAACAAGUUUCAACGUAUUGUUCUGGAAUAAGUCUGAACAGUAGAACCACAAUAACAAUGAAAUUUAGGCACAUUAAUAAAGUAAUUUGUGCAUUAAUUGUGUUGAAUAUUUUCAACGAUUUAAUAUAUCAACAUAAUAAGCGUGACAAGAUGAUACACAGUGCAGAGUGGCACAUGUAACAAGUGAACAAUUGUAAUGGCUAACCCAAAUAAGUCAAUUUUGGCCACUUUAUCUGAAAUGCCUCAUGAUAUUGUGCCAUAUUUUGUUAGGUCUCGUUUUAAAGGAAAUAUUAAUGAAAAACAAAGAAUCUUAAACUAUAUGUACAUUUGUUACGCAUUUCAGAUGAGAUAGCCAAGAUCCAUUUUAGUUGUUUGUUGGUUUUUUCUUUUCUAGCGUAAUAAUGUUACAAUUUGUUUAAAAGUAAAUGCUGUGUGGCAGCUUACCAGGAAAAGUCACGGAUUACUCGGCAUGCUCAGGUAGGACUCCAACCCAUGUUCUUAGAAGUGAAGGUGACUUUAAUAACACUUCACUGUUAAGCUUGCUGGUGUCGGCUAUCAAACCCUACUUUCAAUAAAGGGAUGAGGAAGAUCCUAGUAGUGGUCCGACUGAUGAUGCUAACAAACAUUUCCAAUAAUAUUGUUAUUAGUUGGACGAAAAGAUAUAGCCAACAUUGUGUAACUUAGAAACGUGACAAAUGAAACAUACUGAAAUGCAAUAUAACAUUUACUUUUGCUGUCACGGUAAUUUUCAGAAUUGUUGGGGGUUAGUAUUUUAUAGCAAAUAUUGUUACACUGACUUGUUGAAGGUUUGUAUUCAUAUAGAUGCUGAUACCCCCCCCCAAAAAAAAAAAAAAAUAAAUGCUGUUCUGGUUCUGGUGGAAUACUGCAUAAUUUCCUCAGCAGGGAUGUAAUAUGCAGGCAUAUGUUCUUGGAGUCUGGUUCCCUGAACCUACUUCAAAUGAAAUGGAGAAAGUUAUAGACAUCUGGGAAUUGUCAGGUCAGGGAAGCAGGCUAUAGCUAGCUUGCACCCGUUCACCUAUAUAUAACCGAUUGAAAUCAAUGUGGACUAACUAAAUUUGGUAAAUUGGGAACAGUAUUUGAAGAAAAAAAAUUCCAACGACAGUUGGCCGACCAUUGUUGGAAAUUGAUACAAAAAUUCCACUUUUCUUGUAAAUGACUGCACACCAGGUGCCAUGACUGUUGUUCACCUCCAAUAGUUGCAAAUUCUGUAUAUCAAUUGUAGGUAGGUCCUACAAUAGGUUCAGAAGCAAGGUUAUAAAAUAUUUGUCCCAUUCCUCAUCCUGGGAAGGUACUCCAGAAUGUACUAGGUUCAAUAACAUACCCCCUGCCUAUAACGGAGGUCCAGUGCUUGGUGUAGUGUCAUACAUGUAUAACGUUACUUUGACAGCUAUUUUGUAUCACGUAAACCAUUUUAUUGUUUCAAUGCUACUUUUGUGAUUUAAUUAAACCAGUUACACCAGCAGCCGCUAAAUUUUUAAAUCAGAAAAGCUGAAAUAUUAAAUACAUUUUUGGGGGGCAGCAAAAGUGUAUCAAAGUAAUCCACAUCUGUUUGAAGUAGUGUUUUUUAUUAAAUCUCAUUUGUAUGUAAAGCAGACCAAUAUAAGUUAACUAAGACCAAAAAUGUAAAAAUACUCAAGUUAAAAUUAAGAACAAAACUGUUAAUUGUAUCGCAGCUGAAAUGAUGAAGUCAGUAGAUGUAUUAAUCUGAAAUGUGAGUUGUGCCAAUUAAAACCGCCUGUAAAGCCACUCUA